GGAAAGCAAGAAUUGUCUCCUACAAACACACAUACAUACAUACAUUUAAGCGAGCAUAUACGAAACGCGGCACGGCACGGGACUGGAGGCGCAUGUACGAAUGGACACAGAGACGGCAGCGGGCGGCAUUUUCCUUUAUUUGUACGACUAGACGUGGACUCGGCGCUUUUCCUGGCCCCUUUUCUUUGUCUUUGUUUUUGUUUCUUUGGUUCUUUACUUUUUUCUGUACGUUUACGAUAUCCAUCCAUCAUCCCAUGUGUUGGUGGCUGGCUGGGUGGCUGGCUAACUGGCUAGCUGGCUGGACUCGGCUAUUUGGCUGGUUGGCUGGACGGCUGGAUACACAAAAAGAGAGGAUGAAGGAUGUGAAUAUAUAUUAUGUCGCUUCUGGAUAGAGACGUGAUAGUGCUUGUGCUCGCUCUGCAUUGUCUGUGAAAUUGGCAUUGAAUCUAGGACGCUAGUGUGUAGCUUGUGCGCGUUAACACUCGCUAUAUAUAUAUUAAACACCUCCACAUCGUAUCUACU